CCACUCCACCAGCUACCAACUUACCGCCCUACCCAAGAAUCCCUGGCAGACAUUAGAUGCGUAUGCCGAAUCGUCAAAGAAAAGCUCAACCUUGAAGUGAAGAUAGUUGAGGCAUGUGAGGCACUUGACCCCCACGGCUCCACCAAGUCAUACCUGGUCAGACUUCAUGCCCCAACAGCAGAGCCAGGUGAAGUGGUCACGCAGGCCGGCACAGUGCGCACCCCCUACGCCAUGCGAAAACUGAUCGUCCAAUUCAAGAGUACGCGGAGGAUGACCAUGUCCGACGCUUACUGGGCAACGAACAAAGUUGCGGCUAUGAAAUUAGCCAGAGAUAUCAUUUACAAUACCCCCUUUGAAGGAGCGGUCCCGGAAGUCUACUCCUGGUACGAAGGAACAGAUAGGCCUGGGGACAAGGCAUGGGUCAUACAGAGCGCUCCUCCAUCUGAUUCCGUACCACUCAAGUCGAGGUUCAAUCGUGAACACGAGCAGAAAGAUAUACUCGACCAUAUUGCCAAACUGCAGCGAUAUUUCCAAGCCUAUAAAAUGCCGCGGUCUUAUGGAAGCUGUUCGUUCACGAGCACCGGGCAGGUAUGCGCAGGACCAUUGCAGCAGCCUAACUUAGGGGGACCCUUUACCACAUCGCGGGAUAUGAUGAAGGCGGAGCUUCGGCGAGAUUUCUCUAGGGCCAAGAGACACCAUGAGCUUCAAGGCUGGACGUGCGAGCCAGAGUUACGACAGCAACUCGCCGAGUUCAUAGCCCACUCAAUGAACACAAUGUUGAGUACAAUCCAGGACUGCGAUCCAAUAUUUACACUAAACAAACUGGAACUCAGCAACUUCUUGUGUGACAAAUACGGGGGACGCAUAAACUACAUCAUCGACUUUAGCUGGGCCUCCAUCACCCACCCAAUCAUGGAAUUCUUCAACUCAUACGUCACCAUGUUUGGAGUCCUCCCCUUUUUUCCUAACGAGAAUUGGGCUAUUCUCCAUCGAGCUGUGCUCAACGGCUUCGAAAAGAAACACGUGGACGUCGAUCUCCGUGGAUUGGACUUUCUUGCCUAUAUCCAGGAAAUCAGAGACCCGGCGGAAAGUUAUCGUAUUGGAAGGGAAUUGUACGAAGCCUUUGAGAAAGCCAAAGUGAAGACCCCGAGAGAGAUUAAAGGAGCGGAGGCCAUGUCGGCGUUUAUGGGGUUGUGUGCUGCUGUGGGAGCGCGAUCUUGGUCCCCCCCUGGUGCGUCCCCGGAAGAUGUGUAUCAGGCAAAGGUGAAGAAUUUGACGGAUUCUCUGCGGGAAGUGCGCAAGUGGGCGAAUUGAAUGAUGGGUUUGUGAUGAAGUUUUAUGCGCAUUCUGGGUUUACGAGGCUCUUGGUCUGCAUAUGCGAUGGGAUGGCUACGAACAAUUCAUGGAGAGUUGCUGUCGGCCCAUGAAAAUAUUCAUUUUCGGGAUGAUACUUUCAAUAGGGAUAUGUUUAUUAG